AUGGUAAGUGUCUUGCUGGUCUGUGGUCUCUUUGGUCUUUGUUCUUUGUAUCCUUGCUUUUCCAUUUUCUCAGAUGUUCUCGUCGUAGUUCACGUCUCAUUUGUUUCAGCUCUUUGGGAGAGCUCUUCGCCCACAACGAACCUCUGCGCCAGUGCCGGGACCUGGAACAGCUCUACCGCGGCGCUGGAGUUGCAUGACUUGCACAACUUCCACACCUUCCGCGAUUUCACCACCUUCCGCGAUUUCGUCUUCGAGGAGAGAGCGGAGGGGUCAAACUCCACUCGACCUGGCCAGCGGCCAGAGCUGAGAAUGAAUAAGAAGCAGUGA